CUCUUUUUAUUCAUCCAAAUCCAACCUGUCACAAACACACACACCAUUUUCUUCACAAUAACAACAACAAUAUCACUGUCACAAAAAAAAACCUCUCCAAUUUACCAAACCACCCUCAUCAAUUCAACCCUCACACACUCUCACAGUCUCUUCAUCAAUGGCAUUUUCGUCUUUCACUAAAUUCAAUAAUUCAAAACCAAACUUCUAUAAAACCCAAUCUUCCGUACAUUCAUCAUCCUCAAAAAAACAAAACAAACCAAAAACAACAACACUUGAUCAUACUUUUUCCUCCAUCGUCGCCGGAAUAAUGUCGCCGGUGACCGGAGCAAACAUACCUCUAUUGCCAGGAUCAAAGGUAUCUCCUGAACCGGCGGCAACGGUUUCCGGUGCGGUGUUUAAUGUUGCGACGAGUAUAAUUGGCGCCGGAAUUAUGUCACUUCCGGCGACUUUGAAAGUUCUCGGAGUGAUUCCGGCGUUUGUUUUGAUUUUGGUGAUUGCUUUAUUGGCGGAAAUAUCGGUGGAUUUUUUGAUGAGGUUUACACAUUCAGGUGAAACGACGACGUAUGCUGGUGUUAUGAGAGAAGCUUUUGGACCUUUAGGAGCUGUUGCAACUCAACUUUGUGUUGUGAUUACUAAUCUUGGGUGUUUAAUUAUGUACUUAAUUAUUAUUGCUGAUGUACUUUCUGGAAAUAAACCUGAUGGAGAAGUACAUUUGGGUCUUUUGCAACAAUGGUUUGGAAUUCAUUGGUGGAAUUCAAGGGAAUUUGCUUUAGUCAUCACUUUAAUCUUCAUUUUGCUCCCAUUGGUAUUGUACCGUCGUGUAGAGUCGUUGAAGUUUAGUUCUGCAGUAUCAACUCUACUUGCUGUGGCAUUUGUUACAAUAUGUUCUGUGUUGGCAAUUAUUGCUCUUGUGGAAGGAAAAACACAAACACCUAGAUUGGUUCCUCGUUUGGACCAUGAAACUACUUUCUUUGAUCUUUUCACUGCUGUUCCUGUUAUUGUCACAGCCUACACAUUUCAUUUUAAUGUACAUCCAAUUGGAUUUGAGCUAGGAAAACCAUCAGACAUGACAACAGCAGUGAGAAUAGCACUAAUCCUAUGUGCAAUCAUAUACUUCUCAAUAGGUCUAUUUGGUUACCUUUUAUUUGGUGAUGCAACUCAAUCAGACAUUCUCAUAAACUUUGAUAACAAUGCUGAUUCAUCAUUUGGUUCAUUACUCAAUACUUUGGUCCGUUUAAGCUAUGCUUUUCAUGUCAUGCUAGCAUUUCCUCUCCUCAAUUUCUCAUUGAGAACAAAUAUUGAUGAAUUCUUCUUCCCUAAAAGACCUUUGUUAGCUACAGAUAAUAAGAGAUUUGUGGCUAUUACUUUGGUGCUUUUGGUUUUUAGUUACAUUGCUGCUGUCGCAAUUCCGGAUAUUUGGUUCAUUUUUCAGUUUAUGGGAUCAACUUCUGCUGUUUGUCUUGCUUUUGUGUUCCCUGGUUCUAUUGUUCUAAGGGAUAUUCAUGGUAUAUCAACAAGAAAGGACAAAAUUAUAGCACUAGUAAUGGUUAUACUAGCUGUAGUAACAAGUGUGAUUGCUGUUGCCAACAAUAUAUAUAAUCUUUUUUAGUAGGAACACAUAAAUGUGUAUUCUCUUUUUUGCCCUGUAUCUACAAAUUAGAGAGAGAGUUCUAGAAGCAUAUGUGAUACUUGAGGAGAUUGUAUCUCUAGAUUGUUGUAGAUGUUAUUGUAAAAUUCAUAUAUCAAGAACAAAAUAUAAAAUGUAAAAUGUUAAACAUGCAUAUUCAAUAGUUAUAUUGUUUUUAGUCUCUGUCUGUGUUAAGUUAUAAAAAAUAAUUGAUGUCUAUAAUAUUUA